AUGAACGACUCCAUCGUGCGGCACGUCGACACCAAGGCUGUGAUGAAUAAGCAGGCCUACGUGCUCUUCUAUAUUCGGUCCCCAGAAUUGAACGCGCCGCCAGCGGAGAGCUACUGCCCGCUGGAGCACGUCAAGGCGACGUCCUGGUCGUGCCUUAAGCGGCCCCACUCGGCGAAGGAAGACCCCGGACCCAGUUACCGGACAGCAGCUCUCCUCACCGGCGCGCAAGAAACCCAAGAUGUCGGACCGCCCCAACGGGAACAACUGCCGGAGCCACUGCAAGUGCGACGGCAGGAACAGCAGCAGCAGCAGCUACCGGCAACGCCAGACACGCAACAGCCGUUGCCGCUAGUCCCAGAGCAGCCACCACCACCACCCCGAUCUCACAGCAGCCGCUGCCAUUCCACCAGCAACCACCGCCAGUCCUGCAGCAGCCACCACCACCACCGCCGCAGGUCUCAUAGAAGCCGCCGUCAGCACCACAGCAGCUGCUGCCACCGCGUGUCCCACAGCAGCCAGUCCAACAGCAGCCAGUCCAACAGCAGCCACCAGUCCCACCACAGCCACCGCCACUCUGGUCGCACAGCAGCCACCACCGGUGUAACAACUGGCACUCGCCCCACCAAGAUAAGUCGCUGGUUAAAAUCCAUGAUCACGUGUCUAACCUCUUGCUUCCCCUCAAGAUCAAACUAAUUUUGAGAGACAUUUUACGAAGGCACCAGGCAGAGGCUCACCAUGGCGUCGCCCGCCCCCCAAAAUGUAUUCAUCGCCGGCUCCACCACCAGCCUCUGAAAUCACUUGAACAUCAUUGGAAUCACCUUAGACUCGACAUUCUCACUCGACGACCACAUUCUCAACACAAUAAAGAGCUGCAAUCACUAGCUCAAGGCCUCAUGCACGCCCGUCCAAUGCUGACAGCCGUCCGACGAGAUAGAAAACAUUUAAAGCAACUCUGACCUCACAAUCCACGAAGAAAGAAAAUAUUUUUAAGUUCACUAGGUUUGCUUUCUACCUGAUGACGAUUGCUUGUGUUGCAAUCGAAACGUCGUAUUCUAUUAUUUAAUUUAUUUAUUUUCUACGUGACUUUACCGAAAGAA